UAACAGUAGUAGGAGGAGGAGGAAGAGGAUUAGGAGGAAAAAGGAGAAAAGAGAAGGGUAAAGAAAGAGAGGGGAGUAGAGUGUAAUUUCCAUAACUUGCAAUAAUGUUUAAUACAAGGAUGACAUAGAGAAUAAUGUCUGUCAAUACCGAUUUGUGACGAGUAUAAGGAUGGUAUUAAAGCUGUGAUUAUGUGCUCUCUCUCUCUCUGUCUCUCUCUCUCAGGUGAGCCAGUCAUGUGCGGCUCCUACACCCUCGCACCUGGGAAGGCCGUGGGCGUAGCGACGCCUUACUUCCCGCAAAACUACCCCGAAAACUUCGAGUGCACCUGGUCCAUCAAGACGAACUACACCCAACUGCUAUUUACCUGCUCCUCCUUCGGGCUCGGCGAGGGGGACUACCUGUCGGUGCAGCACGGCCAGGACGACACCAUUGCCCUGUACGUGCCGGCCCUCACCACCACUGUAAUGAGAGAACACCACCACACCCCCACCGCCACUGUAAUGAGAGAACAUCACCACAGCACCACCGCCACUGUGAUGAGAGAACACCACCACACCCUCACCGCCACUGUAAUGUUCCGUGGGCAGCUGGGUCCUGAGGGGGUCGUGUACCCUUCCAGCAGCCUGACCCUGGGAUUCCACUCGGACUGCCGCACGGUGGGCCAGGGCAUGGACUGCUAUGUGGACGCCAUCGGUUCCACCCCCACGUGGGCCACCUCCCCCGUGUGUGGGCUACCGAACAGAGUGAAGCUGAAUCGCAUGACCGGGGGAACGGAAACUAUUGAACACCAGUACCCGUGGCAGCUCUCUCUCUCUCUCUCUCAGGUCCUCCUCUACAUCAGAUGGAGUGACUACCAAGUGACCUGUUCGGGGUCACUCAUACACUCUGAAUGGGUCAUCACCGCCUCACACUGUCUCCGCAGGACGAAGGACGGCACGCUGUUGACCCCCAGCGUGAAGGUACACCUGGGCGUGGUCACCAGGGACGGGGGCGGCGAGGUAGUGACGGAGGCAAGCAAGGUCAUCCUCCAUCCUAAGCUCAACUUUCUCUACGACGUGGCUCUCCUCAAGUUGGAGCGCCCUGUGGCCUUCAGCACCACCAUCCGCCCCAUCUGCCUGCCGCCGCGAAGCCUCGUGGACGUAUCUCCUGAAGGGGCCAAGCUAGAGAUCUCCGGCUGGGGCAACGACGAGACUGGCAAGAAAAGCAACGUGCUGAACAUGAUAGAAAGGACCGGGAUGUCUUCAGCCAAGUGCAAGCCUUACUUCCCCAAGUACAUCACGGAGCACCACUUCUGCACGUACGGCAACGACAGGAAGCACAUCUGCAUCGGGGACUCGGGCGGCCCCGUCAUGAUGGAGCUGGAGGGUCGCCUGGUGGCCAUGGGCAUCACCAGCUUCACGGCGACGAGUACCUGUGACGGCACGCUGCCCGACGGCCACUCCUCCGUCCCGUACUUCCUCGACUGGAUAGAGGAGGAGACGGGCAUCAAGCUGCCUUCGUGAGGGUUUAUCCUUCCUCUAAUACGGAGACACAAGUGACAACAUUGAAGUACUUUGGACAACACAAAACAGAACACAAACGCUCAGUGUCAUCCGCUCCUACCUUUUACUGUAUUUCAGAUUCAAAGAUUGUUACAUUUAAAAUGAAGUUAAACAGAGCAGCUAAAUAUUUUAAAAGUAAAUAAAUAGGGAUCUUUUCCGUUUGGCGUACAGCGCUAAAAUUAAUUUUAAUAUAGAUUUUCUUAUGUAUUUUUGUCCGUAGAAUCCGAAUAUGACAACCGUUUUAUGGAGAAACGAACAGUUUUUAAGUUAUUUUCCUUUGAAGUUAAACCAUAAUACCAUGGUGGAUUUCAAUAACUAUCUAAGAGAGGUGAGACUUACAAAAUAACCUAACCUAACCUAACCUAACCUAACCCAACCCAACCCCUAACCUAACCUAACCUAACCUAACCCAACCCCUAACCUAACCUAACCUAACCUAACCUAACCUAACCCC